AGACAAAGGUAGAAUUCUACUGAGAACUUGAAAGAAAUUAACAAGAGGGAGAUUUGGAUUUUAUGUUCAUAUAGAAGGAGCUGAGCUUUGCUCUCUCUCUCUCUCUCUCUCUCUCUCUCUCUCUCUCUCUCCAUUUUUCCCAAGCUUAUUAUAGACAUAGCCCACCAAGAAAUCCCACUGAAGCAAUCAUCAUGAUGAAACACCCUCUGCACCCAGCACUCCCUAAAAGCGUUUCAACUUCACUCAGUAGUCAUCAAAACCUUCAUUCCCUUAAAUUUACCACUCUCAUCUUCAACACUGUCUCAGCCAAGACCCUCCUCCUAUCCCCAAAACCAUGAAACCUCCCUUUCUUCGCUUUCUCUUCUUCUUCUCUCUCUUCUUUCUUCAAGCAUCCAUAGUCCUCUGUGCUUCAAAUUCUGCACCUUCCCAACUCAGUGCCUUGCUCUCCCUCAAAUCCUCACUCAAGGAUCCUCUCUUUACAUUCAAUGGCUGGGAGAGCAAGGCUAAUACUGAAGGUCCAGUUUGGUGUUCAUGGUCUGGAAUCAAAUGCCACCCCAACACAUCCCUAGUAGUCUCUCUAGACCUCUCUCACCGCAAUCUUUCCGGUACAAUACCAGCUGAAAUUCGCUACUUGUCGAGCUUGAUUCACCUAAACUUGAGCGGAAACAGCUUUGCUGGACUUCUGCAACCAGCCAUUUUCCAACUCACCCAGCUCAGAAUCCUUGACAUAAGCCACAACGACUUCAACUUAACUUUCCCGCCUGGGAUUUCCAAGCUCAAGUUCUUGAGGGUCUUCAAUGCUUACAGCAACAGCUUCACUGGUCCUUUACCUCAAGAAAUCAUCCGACUCAGGUUCCUCGAGAAGCUCAACCUUAGUGGAAGCUACUUCGAAGGUAAUAUUCCACCAGGGUAUGGAAAUAUUCCCCAACUCCGGGAGCUUGGCCUCGCUGGAAAUGUUCUUAAAGGCGCAAUACCACCUCAACUGGGGUUGUUAUCAGAGCUCACUCGCAUGGAGAUCGGCUACAACGGCUUCACAGGUGGGCUUCCGGUACAAUUGACAUUACUAUCAAACCUCACCUACUUAGACAUCUCCAAUAACUUGCUCUCCGGGUCACUCCCACCUGAGCUUGGCAAUUUAACCAUGCUCAACACAUUGUUCCUCUUCAAAAACCAAUUUUCGGGCACUAUCCCACCCACCCUCGGAAACUUACAAGCUCUCCAAUUCCUCGACUUAUCAGAUAAUCAGCUUUCGGGUUCCAUCCCAGCCGCCAUUGCUACGCUGAAACAGCUCAACAGGCUGAGCUUAAUGAACAAUUUUUUAGUUGGCGAAAUCCCAUCCCAAAUCGGAGAGCUUCCCUACUUGGAUACCCUCCUUCUCUGGAACAACUCCCUCACAGGGUCCCUCCCCCAAAACCUCGGCUCCAAUGCGAAGCUCGUCCUCGUCGACCUCUCUUCCAACUCCCUCACAGGUCCAAUUCCCCCGACUCUGUGCAAAGGCAACACACUCGUCAAGCUGAUCCUCUUCUCAAACAAAUUCACCAGCCAUCUCCCACCAAAUUUAGCCAGUUGUACAUCCUUGUUCCGAUUCCGCAUCCAAAACAACCAACUUAACGGCUCAAUCCCUCAGGGCUUCGGCUCCCUCCCCAACCUAACCUUCUUCGACCUCAGCAACAACAGCUUCUCCGGCCCCAUCCCCUCCGAUCUCGGCAAUGCCGCGAAGCUUCAGUACCUAAACAUCUCCCAGAACCCUCUCCACACACUCCUCCCAUCAAACAUCUGGGGCGCUGUUAAUCUGCAGAUAUUCUCCGCCAUUUCCAGCCACCUCACCGGAAAAAUCCCCGACUUCAUCGGCUGCAAGAGCGUCUACAAGAUCGAAUUACAACGCAACAACUUCACCGGCAGCAUUCCCUGGGAUAUUGGCCACUGCGAGAAGCUUCUGAGCUUAAGCCUGAGCCGGAACUCACUCACCGGAAUUAUACCAUGGGAAAUUUCAGCUCUGCCUUCCAUAACCGACCUGGACCUCUCCUACAACUUCCUCUCCGGGACCAUCCCCUCGAAUUUCGAGAAUUGCAGAACGCUGGAGACCUUUAACGUCUCGUUUAAUCUGUUAACCGGUCCUAUUCCGUCUUCCGGUGCGAUCUUCCCGAACCUUCAUCCGACGUCGUUUUCCGGGAAUGAGGGGCUAUGCGGCGCCGUUUUGGCCAAGCCGUGCGCGGCGGAUACUCUAACGGCUGGAGCUGUUGAGGUUGAUGGUCACGAGCAGCCGAAGAAGACGGCCGGCGCGAUUGUGUGGAUCAUGGCGGCGGCGUUCGGGAUCGGUCUCUUCGUCCUCGUCGCCGGGACGAGGUGCUUCCACGCGAGCUACAGCCGUCGGAUGGAGGAUAGCCCCCAGAUCGGACCGUGGAAAUUGACCGCCUUCCAGCGUUUGAAUUUCACGGCGGAGGAUGUGCUGGAGUGUUUGCAGAUGAGCGAUAAGGUGAUAGGGAUGGGUGGGACCGGGACGGUGUAUAAGGCGGAGAUGCCAGGUGGGGAGAUCAUAGCGGUGAAGAAGCUGUGGGGGAAGCAGAAGGAGAGCAUAAUCCGACGGCGGAGAGGGGUGCUGGCCGAGGUGGAGGUGUUGGGGAACGUGAGGCAUAGGAAUAUAGUGAGAUUGUUAGGGUGCUGCUGCAACAGGGACUGCACCAUGCUGCUCUACGAGUACAUGCCCAAUGGCAACUUGGACGACUUGUUGCAUGGCAAGAACAAGGCCCAGAAUUUGGGCGCGGAUUGGGUCACGAGGUACAAGAUUGCCCUCGGUGUGGCUCAAGGGAUUUGCUACUUACAUCACGACUGUGAUCCGGUGAUCGUCCACCGCGAUCUCAAGCCGAGUAACAUCCUCUUGGACGGUGACAUGGAGGCGAGAGUGGCGGACUUUGGGGUGGCUAAGCUGAUCCAGAGCGAUGAGUCCAUGUCGGUGAUCGCCGGUUCCUACGGCUACAUUGCACCAGAGUAUGCUUAUACCCUCCAAGUUGAUGAGAAGAGUGACAUAUACAGCUUCGGGGUUGUGCUAUUGGAGAUUUUAAGCGGAAAGAGAUCGGUGGAGGCGAUUUUCGGGGAUGGGAAUAGCAUUGUGGAUUGGGUUCGGACGAAAAUCAAGAGUAAAGACGGGAUCAACGAUGUUUUGGACAAGAAUGCCGGGGCAGGUUGUACGCCGGUGAGGGAGGAGAUGAUGCAAAUGCUUCGGAUUGCGUUGCUUUGCACGAGUAGGAAUCCGGCGGACCGGCCGUCCAUGAGGGAUGUGGUGUUGAUGCUCAUUGAAGCCAAACCUAAGAGGAAGUUGCUUGCUAGUCAUGUUGUUGGUCGUGAUCGAAGUGUGAGUUGUGGUGAUAUUCCUUUGCCACAAAAGCCAACAAUGGAAUGUUAAUAGGGAUUAAUCACUGGAGGGUUUUCUUCUUUUUUCUUUGGCUUUUUUUUUUCUUCUUAUUUUUAAAAAUGGUGGGGAUUGGUAUAGGAGAAGCGAUUUCUUAUUUUACCUUAUUUCAAAUGGAAUUUUCAAGUUCUAUUGUACCUCUGAUUAUGAUUCUGGUUUGUUAACGUACGUAUAUAAACUAAAGGGUGUUAAUCUGUUAGAA